UUCAAACAAGUCUCCGAGCAGCGCUUUGAGAAUUCGAGUCUCGAUUAGUCAGUAUCAAGCUACCCAUUACUAGUGUGCUGUUAUGAGACACUCUCGCUGCAACUUUUUCACAGCCACAAGAUCAAGCAAAGGUGCGUUAGGGCUUUCCCAUUUCACUUGACCAUACACUGAGGUAUCUAAUGGCCUUCAGCUCAGGGCUGUCCAUGUGAGAAGUGAAUCUGAGAAGAGAAGGGCAGGCACUUAAAGAGAGAAGAGAGUUUCCCACAGAGCAUGGCCUCUGCCAAAGAAGAUGGUGUUGAUGAAAGAACGGUGGACAUUAAAGAAGAAGACUGUGAGUGGCUGGAGGAUCACGAAAAAAAAAAUUCAGUUUUUAAAGAGGAGGAGGAGUGCAAGGAGGUGACUGCUGCCAUUAAAGCUGAGGAUUUGAAUGAUUUCUUCUUUGGUCUUGAUCUUCAAAAGUAUGAAACUAUUUUCAAGCAAGAGGCCAGUGAAGAAUCUCCAUCCAGUUUACAGCCCUGGUCUACUAAUACGGGACGACUGGCUAUGCAGGAGAAUUCUGCAGAGCUGAAAUCAGAGUUAUCAGAGUCUGAAGAAAAAAUCACCGAGGGAAAUGGGAGAGAAGAAGAGUCACCUGGGAGUGUUAAAAUAAAUGUACAGAAGAACGGCAGCUUCUCUCCACCUUCAUUUGGUCAGCCCUCUCUUCAAUACAAUGAGAACGGUAUGAAGAAAUCAGCAAGAGGAUCAGAGAACCAGACAGCAGCCUAUUUGCAUUGCAGUUCUCUCCCUGCUACUGGAGUAACACAGACAGAAGCCAUGAAAACUGAUAGACAACAAGUGGAGAAAGAAAUCAAAAUUCAUACUGGAAAAAAAUGUUGUUUGGAAUGCGGCAAACAAUUUACAUACACAGGUGCUCUUAAUAGGCAUAUGAAUAUUCACACAGGAGAAAAACCUCAUUACUGUCCUGAAUGUGGUAAGUCGUUCUUAAGGAGAAGCAAUCUUCAGAGGCACAGAAGAAUCCACACAGGAGAAAAACCUCAUAAUUGUCCAGAAUGUGGAAAAUUGUUCUCCUGGAGUAGUGAAUUUGAGUUGCACAAAACAAUUCACACAGGAGAGAAACCUAAUUGCUGUUCAGAAUGUGGUAAAUCGUUCUCCAGGAGAAGCAGUCUUCAGAGUCACAGAAGAAUCCACACAGGAGAAAAACCGCAUUGCUGUCCAGAAUGUGGUAAGUCGUUCUUAAGGAGAAGCCAUCUUCAGAGGCACAGAAGAAUCCACAUAGGACAAAAACCUCAUUGCUGUUCAGAAUGUGGUAAGUUGUUCUUAAGGAGAAGCAAUCUUAAGAGUCACAGAAUAAUCCACACAGGAGAAAAACCUCAUUGCUGUUCAGAAUGUGGUAAGUCGUUCUUAAGGAUAAACAGUCUUCACUGUCACAAAAAAAUUCACACAGGAGAAAAACCUCAUUGCUGUUCAGAAUGUGGUAAAUCUUUCUCACGUAUGAACAGUCUUCAGCGGCACAGAAGAAUCCACACAGGAUAAAAACCUCAUUAUUGUCCAGAAUAUGCCACACAAUUUUCUGACAAACGCAGUCUGCCAAGACACAUUGAAAUUGAUACUGGAGAGAAGCCAUAUUGCUCUUUUCAAUGUGGAAAAAAGUUUUAAACAUUAGCUCAUUUCAAGUAAACACACAAACUCCCAGUAAAGCGAAAAUGCAGUAUGUAUGUUCUGAAUGUAGCAAAUGUUAUACAAGGCAGAAAGGUCUUUUAUCAACAUGCCAAAAUGCAUUCUGAAGAAAAAUCUCAUUGCUGUUCUGAAUGUGAGAAACGAUUCUUAUAUUUAAGUGUAAUUCAAUGCCACAUCAGAACUCUUACUAGAGAUAAACCUUAUUGUUGUCCUGAAUAUAAUAAGCAGUUCUCACAACAAAGCACCAUCACAAGUCACAUCAAAUGUCACACGGGAGAGAAACCUCACCUUUGCUUGGAAUGUGGCAAACAAUAUCCACACUUUAAUUCUCUGUAUAAGCAUACAAAAGUCAUUCUGGAGAGACGCUUUACAUUUGUACUGAAUGUGGAAUGUUGUAUAACAAUUCCUUCAAAAUCAUAAAAUAAUUAAUUCUGGUUAGAAACAAACCUGUUCUGACUGUGGCAAGCUUUUCUCAGACCGCACAACUCCUAAAGAUCACAUGAGAAUUCACUCUGGAGAGAAACCUAAUUGCUGUCCAGAAUAUGGCAAACGAUUCUCAAGUCCAAAUGCACUUAGUUGCCACAGAAGGAUCCACACUGGAGAGAAACAGUACACCCGUUCUGAAUGUGGUAAUGGAAUCUCUUCCAGAAAAAGGUUUUGGAGACACACGCGAAGUCAUAUUAGAGUAAAGUCUGUCCCAGAAAUGACAAAUGAUCUUUUCAUUGGAUCCUCAUUCAAUAAAACUGAAGAAAAAUCUUCUGAAUAUGGUAAAGGACUCCUAUUGAAUGUAGUUAAUAAAUAUAUUAGAAUAGUGGACAAAACACUGAAAGUGGCAACUCGAUCCUAGAUGUAAGGUAACCUCAGAGCCACAUAUGAACUCACACUGGAAUGACCACACUGGAAAACAACAGAUAUUUAACAAACAGCAAGAAUUUUCUUCAACAACUUCUAAGUGCAAGAAUAAACCUCAUUGUUGUCCUAAAUGUGGUUAACACUUUUCAGGCAGCAGUGGUCUUCAUAGUCUUAAAUGACUGGCCUAUUGUGGUAAGCCUUUUAGCUGCUCUGAAUGUUGAAAGUGGUCCUCCUGUAUCAGCUAUCAUCAGCAUCAUGUAAGAUUUCAGGAAGGACUCAGAAACGGUACUGCCAGGACGUCAGCCAUACAGGGACUGAUCAGCUGUGCACCAAUGCUGUGACAUAAGAUGGUGAACAAUACAAACACCAGACAACAGAAACUAACUUGCAUUUUUUAUGAGAAAAUGCUGACCUCUUGAUACUAACAGAACACCCUGUGAUUUUAUAAAUCAAUGUGACAGUUUCUGAAUUCUUAAAACUAUUUGAACAUAUUUCUUAAAACUGUGAGUGCCCUGAUGACCUCUUUAUCUGAAAGAAGCAAUUCCAAUUCAGGUAGUUGUAAGCCAUUAUAAUUUAUUUAUAGCCUCAAAAUGAAGUGCCAUGUGUUUGUUUUUUUUUUUUUUUUUUUUUUUUAUUAAUACACUAACUAGGUAUAUAGAGGGAGACCCCACGUUAGGCAGCAGGAUGUCUGAUCUGACCAGUCCGUGACACUGAGCUCUUAUGCUAUUCUCUUUGACUCACCAAGAAUAAAGAGAUUGCUUUAUACUUUAAA